AUGGCAAUCGGAUCUUCCAGCAGAUUAUCGUGCAUUCCACCUACUGAUAAUGACAUCAAGUCGACCCCAUCACUGAUUGCAUCAUCCAUUGACUUUAGGAUAGCUGAUGCCAAACAUAUACCAUCUUCGUCACAUAUGCUAUACACUGCAAUCCUUGCACUAGGCGAGCCCCCUUUUGCAGUCCCUUCAGCUAGGCCACAGAAGGAAGCCCCUGCCACAGGCACCCCAGCUGCAAUUGAAGAAAUGCUCCUCAAGAAAUUCCAAGAACGAGUAGUGUGCAAUUUUAACGGCCGAUCAGGAAAAACCGACACGACUCCAUCAAGAGCCGAGAUAGAUUUUGCCUCUUCGUCUGAUAAACGAGCCGAAAAUCCCAAGAAACUUCUGUUGUAUGUUUGA